AUGAUCACAUCGUCCUUCAUACGGAUUUUUCAUAUUUUUUUAAUGCUCAAUACAGUUGAUUCUUCAUUUCUAGACCUGAGCAAGCGUAAACAGUUUGAGCUUGGAGUGCCAAUUGAUAUUCUUAGAUCUGAUAUCUGCCAAUUUGUCAACUGGGCGCAGAGUCGAAAGAACUCACUUUCUGAUAGCAGCAGAGAGGCUUUAGGCAAGCUAAAAGUACUCUACUUAAGUGAAAUAGAAAAAUGCAUAAAUAAGGGCAGUGCUACAAACAAUAUAAAAAGCGUAGUGUGCAGUCAGCCAUUGAGCAACCCUGGCGUUGGACUUUCAAAUUCCUGCAUAGGAACAUCAGCCUUUGAUAUUGCCGAGAUAACGGACUCAUUUCAGCAAAAGACUAGAUCUAAUGGCACAAAUAAGAUACUCAUCUUGACUUCAAGUGAAGCAGAAGCAUUAACACCAAACCCCAAUGAGAAAGUACUAUCUUCAUCACUAUCUCCACUACAGCAACCGCGCUUACUAGCUCCAUGCCAUAUCAACAAUGCUAUGUGCAACAAUAUGGUUGGCAAUAAUGCCACAAGCACUAAUGUUGUUGGCUUGGCUCCCUAUAACCAUAAAAAAGCUGUUCCUGUGAGUGUUGUGUACCAAACACUCACCAAGACUCUUCUAAAAGUAAAGCAUCCAGCCACCCUUACCCAAACCCUCACUCGAUCUAUCAUCAUUCCGAUACAGAAACCGCCUGUAGUCCAAACGAUCUUAAAGCCAAUAUUCAGAUAUUUUAUCAGGAGUAUUCCUAUUACAAAAAACAUACCAUAUGCAGAGCCUGUUUUUAUUACUAAAAAUAUUACUGUUCCUAGCAUUUCCACCGUAUUUCUGCCAGUAUCUCCUGAUGGUACUACGAUUGCGUCAAAUAUCAGAAGAAAAGUACUACAAAGAAUACCACUUUAUAAUACAAAUAGCAUCGCCUAUUCACAGGCAUGUGGCAUUGAUAUUCAAUGCAAUAUACCUAAAGCGGUUUCCGUAACAAAACCGUUCUUUUAUACGCCUAGUAGUACAGUAUCAAACAUUACAACUCAUAUUACAACGAUGACACAGAUAAUACUACAGCCGGACGAGUCCAAAAAACGCCCUGUAGCUAAAGAUUUGUAUGCGAUUAUCAAUGACAGUGCCAGAAAUAGUAGCAUAAGGAGCGAAAUGGAGAAAAUGAUGAGUAACUUAAGUGAAAUGCAACGAUCCACUUCAGCCUCAAACCCAGUGCCAAGUUAUAUAAAUACAUCGACCAAUUCUAUUAAAAAUACAUCAGUCGUUACGAAGAGAGUUACCAUCUACAGAAACAAUAACACGAAAGACAAGACAGUCACUAUUAGUUUUAAUCAAGCACUCUCCUCGAUUGUUAGCACUAGCUCCUCCACACUUCAUACGGUAUAUUCGACUGUAAUAUCUAAACAGAAUAGCAAUUGCCAACUAUGUGAGGACGAAGAUAGUGAAAACAAACAAGCGCCAAGCACCCAUUCGUCGCCAGUAAAUAACCUGCCACUGGCAAUAGAUGAUCCUCUAUUAACUAAAGAUAAUGCUGGUGAGUUAAAUAGAAUAGAAAGACCAAAUACAGUGACCAUUACAAACAAAAUAAUUGUAACUGUAACAAAAAAUAUGGGCAAUGCUGAAGUAGAUCGGAUACCUCAAAAAGCAUUCAGGAUAGCUAGUAACGAGCCGGCCAGUACAGUAUCUAUACAAAAAAAGACCAAUGAGCCGAUGAGCAGGCCAACAUUAAUAGAAAGUUCUACAGUUAAAAGCACAUCUUUAACAACAGUGGACAAGGAUCCAGCAGACAGCAGCACAGCAAAUAAUAUUUCGUUAAUAAAAACAUUAAAUGAGUUGGAAAUGAGUCUUAAAGAAAGCAACGAACUAAACAAACAGUUGGCAGAAAAGGUUAUCGAAGCACUCAGAAUUGAUAGGGAGAUGCACUCUAUUGUUGCAUCCAAGCAGGCCGCUUCUUUUACUAGUCUAACAACCAUUUUAUCAUCAAAACAUAAUAGCUCUUCAACAUUGACUUCACCAGGUUCAAAACAAAGCAACUUGAAGAAAAAUAACGCCAACCCGCUGGCCGAAAUACUGAAUUUAUUGUCGGGAAAUGAUAAGCAAUCAUACCUUGUUGAGCCAUCUUCUGCAGACGCUAGUCCUCUGAACAGUGCUACAACCGCAGCAAAUUCGAUCAGAUAUCCUCAAACAGUGGCUAGAAGUAUAAUGAAAGAAUAUCCGGAUUACAAGAAUGAGCUUUUGAAUGAACUAAUGGCCUUUAUCACUAAGGAUACCAGAUCAGAAGAUGAUAUUAUUAGAAUUUUGAAUUUAAUAAGAUUAGUUAAGCAAUACAAUAAAAUGGAAAUAAGCAUGAACCAAUCUGGCAAUACGCCAGAACUUGCUGCCAAUGUGAUAAAGGAACCUAAUAAGCGCGAAAAGGAUUUCCAUCAAACGGAUAACUCAUCAAUUCCUGCUGUUAAACUAGUCGGGGAGACCAACGUAAAUGAAAAAAUCCCUGAUCAAGCCACUUUACAAGAACAACCGGAUAAUUCAUCGGUAUUAGCUGUUAAUGCAGCAGGAAAGAAGAGCAAAAGUGAAAUUGGGCUUGGCCAAGCCGAUAAUUCGACAGUUCCGGCGAUUAAAACCGUAACGAUUCUUGUGAACAAUGAAGAAUCGGUGGAAACAAAAAACAAUCAAAGUAUAUCCCAAAAUAUUUCUAAAGCUUCCGAUAUUAUCAAUAGUAUAUCCAAAAAUACAGUCAACAGUUCUAAUGACAAUGUUAGUAGUACUGGCAUUCAUAAAGAUAGCCAAAACAUGAAUGAUGUUGUUACAUCCAAGUAUAAUUCCAGUGCUUCUAUUAAUAGUAUUAGUACAAAGACUCUAACAAUCAGCCAUACACUUAUUGUUACAACAACAAUUCAAAAAAGAGAACAAGCAAAAACAUCUACUAUCAUACAGCCUGUGGUAAGCAUAAAGCCCGAAAUCCACAGGGAAACAAAGACGCUUGUAAGAACGGUUACUGUCUUUAGAAAUAGCCAGGUAUCGGCAAAAAACAGCAGUAAAGCCAAAGUGAAUGGGAGUCUAUCUCCAGGUCAGCAAAGCAUAAAGACAAUUGAUGGUAGGUCGUAUGUUUUACCACAGGUAGAAGCUGGAAAUGUUGCAGGCGGCACGAAGACCAUGCAUCCAAAUACUACAAAUGACAAGACAAUUACGCAUCAAGAUCUAGCUGAGAAUAUAGACAUUCACAACCACUCUAAGAAAGACAGUUUAGAGCCUGAAAUAAAAAAUGCUCGUGUUGCUGAAAACAACCAGAAGUACAAAAUCAUAGAAAUUAGGGAGACUGAGGGUCCAAACAACAGCUUUACCAGUAGUAUAUUCGCAAAUAAAGAGUUCAAGGAUGAAAAUACAAACACACCUGGCAAGAUGUCAAGAAAGAAAAUAAAAUCUGCAGAAUUGACCCUUGAGAACCUUGUCGACGAUAAUCCAAAAAUAAUUAGUAUUGACUUGCCUGUUGAGCAGAUUUCUGAGGUUCUGAAACAGAUUCCGGGAUAA